CUAAUGAGUAAAUAUUUUGCUGCCAAAUUUCACGUAAGCGAGCUUUUCUAUCGAAAGCUUCAACUUUUCUUACAAUUAAAGUGUACGAUAGUCCAAUCUGAGGAGAACAGUUCAAUGUAAUUCAUCUUACCAUCUUCAACACAGCUUCAGAAAGAUUUCAGUAUGCCAACCAUCAAAAUUAGCAGAGGCGAAAUUGAUUUACGUCGGUUACUCGCUAAAUGCGAACAAAUGGCCAACGAAGGAGAUAUCAACGAAAACUGGAAACUACCAAAGUUCAUCGAAAGUGCAGAAAGCAUCUUGAGAGAUUUGAAAAAUAUAAAAAUCGAAAAAGAAAACGUAGACAGCUACAGCAAACGUAUUUCUUUCCUGAAAGGUUUACUAGAAGCGAAGAAAAUGGAGAACUCGAUUGAAAAAUCAAUCGCGUUACAAAUGCUAGCACCUAAUUCUGUUCCUAACUCUAAUAAAGUGAAAGAAAUAUAUUUAAAGAACGUCGCCAAUUGUGAAAAUUCUCUACGUGAUGAGUUACUGCAAGAACCUUCGUACUUGAGGCAUAGAGCACCUCCAGCCGAACCAUCCGGUAGCAAAGAAUUAGAUUCGAUGUUGAAAUAUCACCACGAGAAGCACGAGCAUAUUGCCAACGAUAUGUUAACCAUGACUCGUACAAUGAAAGAACAUUCCGAGUUGGCUGGAAAAAUUAUUCGCGAAGAUACCAAAGUUUUAGAAAAAUCUUCCAAAAUAAUGGACGAUAAUUAUUACAGUUUACAAAAGCAAAGUGGUCGAUUACAAGAUUUCAUCUCAAAGUCUGGCUGGAGAUGUUGGAUUUGGAUCAUGUUAGGUCUAAUGGUGAUCAUUUUUAUAAAUAUGGUAUUUUUCAUGAAAUUAAUGAAGAAGAAAUAUUGAAGCGAGCUUCGAUUACUUUUUUUUCCUCCUAUUAUCUAUUCCAAUUUGUGAUAUUUUAUUCUUGUUGAGGUAAGUUUAUAUUCAAGUUCGUUGUGAAAAUAAUUUAUUACGUGUAGUCUACUUUACUGAUUUCGAAGCAACAACGUGUCAAGUAUUGAUAAUUAUUGGAAAUUCAUACGAGUAUUUCACGUGGAUAUGCGAUCUUGUUGAUUUUUUUGUGAGCAUGUUUUGUGAUAUGUAAUGUAAUAAACCCAAUUUAGUACCUGCGGUUUGAAGUGAAAAUUAUCAUCAUUAAUAAUUAUUAUAAUAUAAGUAAUACGUUAAAAUAAAAAUCAUCGGAAUUCGUA